GCUGCCUUCAGAAUCGGUCUUUCUUUCUAGCCACGCAUAGACCAUCCUCAGAAGACCUCGACCGGAGCAUCAUGACCCCUAGAACACAGUAUAUACCAUGGUGGCCGGCUCUAGGUCGUCGUUGAGGCGUCCUACGUUAAGAGGUCACAAUUCACCCACGUCCAGCAGUCCAUUGAUCGAGAACACGCCACCUCUACUUCCGCAAUCCGGGAACGGCACCAAUGUAACGCGAAUCAAGCGCCUCCGUACCUCUACCAUUACCGGAGAUCAACAAACCCUGAAAAGACGUCGAUUAUCGACCAGCAAGAGCGAGAUACCACAAUUACGCAUACCGUUACGAAGCCGUGGGGGCCUGCCUAAAGUCAUCUCAGCACCGCCAGCGGCUGUCACCCAAAAUGCAGCUGCACCAAAGCUCCAGGCAAAUUCGCCCAAUAUUGGAAAGCCCCUUGACUCACCGAGCGGCAAACCACAAUAUGACCAGAUCAAGAUUAUUGAAGAGAGGGCGAGAGCCUCAAUACAAGAAGGUGGGCCGUUGGAAUCGCAGGAGGAGAGGCGAAAACUACGAUCUGAAGACGGAGGGUCACGAGCGAAGACAGAGCUUGCACAAUACUUUCCUGAAUUCGAGGAGAUGCUCAGUCUGAGGCCUUUAGAUCCAGGAGCCUUGACCGUGCAAACCAAAAUCAUUCUUGUUGACGACACUCCCGACUUCAAGCCUCCGCCUCCCAGAACAGAUCCUUUUGGGGUGAACAAAGCUCUACACAACGUGGAGAUCAUCCAGCUCAGCCAGAGGGGUGUCUCUACAGAUGCCACUGCUGAAGAUCCCUUGAACGAAGACGUCUACCUCAAGAUACACGCGAAAGCCGAAAGACAUGAGAAACAGAUCAAGAAUGGUGAUCGAGAAAGAGCCCAGCAUGAGAAAUAUCAACUUGAAAAGCUGCUGGAUGAUCUUCGUGGACCAGACUGGCUAAAGACGUUGGGAAUAUCUGGAAUUACAGAAACGGAGAAGAAGCGAUACGAACCCAAACGAUUGCUGUUCAUUCGUGAGACCCAGGGAUUGAUUGACAAAUUCAAACGUUGGAAAGAGGAAGAAAAACGCCGGAAGCUGGAAAGAGAACAAGCUCUGCUGGAGGAGGCUCUGGAAGAAGCAGAGAGCAUGGAAGCUGCGUCGUCUGAGGAGGACGAAGGAAGUAUAGCAUCUGCAUCUACACAUGCAGCGAACUCGAGCGAGAUCGACGCACUCGCAUCGCAACAGCUUAUUGACGAAACGAAGAACGCGAGCAAACGCAGGAAGGCAAUGCCCUUGCCUCUGCCUCUGCCAGAGCCGCCUCCUCCCAAACCGUUUGUCUCGUUUUUCGACAAACGGCAUCUUCGGGAUGCGGCAGUCUCGGGGCGGCAACGUGGACGGAACAUACUGGCAUUCGGCCACGCUGUGCCUGAAUUCGAGGAAAAAGAGUUCCAGUUGCCCAAUGACGUUCUUACAGAAGAGGCGAUCAAAGCAAGUCAGCGGUCAAGAAGACGCGUGCGGCGGGGCGUCGAAGACUGAAAAAGUGUACAUUGAGCGAAAGAGCUUCUCACUAUCAAGGAUCUGUAUGGUAUGGAAGGGGUCGUCACAUUCGUCGCAGAGGACGGGGACGGCUGAUCGGUAUGUUGGCGGCUUGGAGCAGGUUACUUUGUAGAAUUACUGAAAAGCGCAUUAUGGAUAUGUAUGGCUCUGCAAAGGAUGAUUCUCAAGGCGGAUUCUUGCUUCACUGGAAAUCUACGUUAGGUACUUAGCACAAUUAUUAGCGACGCGAACAAUA